AUUAAUUCAGAAAUUUAAUAUUUUUAGAAUCAAAAUGCUAGAUCUAGAUUUAGAUUUUUUCUAGAUCUAUAGAUUCUACAAGUUGCAGAUCCAGAGACCUUGAAAAUAAUUUGUUGAGUUUAGGCUUAAGGCUACAUUAAUUAUUUAUUUUCAUCAAGCCUAAGUUAUAACCCGAUGUUUCACUUUCAUAAGACAAACAUUGAUUGGCUGUAAAGGAACUCCGUGAUCGAUUUCUGACAGCCCCACUCUAUAGUUAUUUUGUUUACAAAACUUUGCAGAUCAAGUUUUUAAAUAAUAAUGCAAAUUUAAACACCAUGACCUACUUUUUCUAUUUUUAGCUUACAAUGUGUACAAUAAAAUUUAUGGCGGCCUAUCGAAUAGCAGGAUGCCAUUGUUUAUGUCGCCAUUACACAGAUGGGUGUUUUACCUGAAAUAGCCAAGGCAGUUGAAGAAAUGGAUUGGAGUUUGCCAACAGAUGUUCAGGCUGAAGCAAUUCCAAUGAUUCUUGGAGGUGGUGAUGUACUCAUGGCUGCUGAAACUGGAAGUGGAAAAACUGGUGCAUUUUGUUUGCCAAUACUACAAACUGUGUAUGAGACUAUUAAAGAUAUUAGAGAAGGCAAAAGUGGACCUCAGAAGGGUGCUCAAAGUAGUGGAGGUGGAUCAAAAGUGCAAUGGAAAAUGAAUGUAUAUGACAGAGGAGAUGCAAUGGCAAUCAGUCCUGAUGGCUUGCUUUGUCAAUCUCGUGAUCAACAAACGUGGAAUGGCACAAGAAGCAAUAAAGCAGUUUAUGGAAAAGGCAAAUACUAUUACGAAGGUACAGUUACUGAUGAAGGCUUAUGCAGGGUGGGCUGGUCCACAGAAAAAGCCAAGUUAGAUUUAGGUACUGAUAAGUUUGGAUUUGGUUUUGGAGGAACUGGCAAAAAGUCUUGGGACAAGCAAUUUGACAGCUAUGGAGAGUCUUUUGGAAUCAAUGAUGUCAUUGGUUGCUAUCUUGACCUUGAAAAAUGUGAAAUAAAGUGGUCUAAAAAUGGUAUUGAUCUGGGUAAAGCUUUUGAUAUUCCAGGUCAUUUGAAAAGUGAACCUUUUUAUGCUGCUGUUGUUUUAAAGAAUGCUGAAAUGGAAUUUAAUUUUGGGACCAAAGCAUUUAAAUUUCCGCCACAGGGUGGAUAUCAAGCACUAAGUUCCGUGGCUUCUGAAAAUUGCAAAGAGUCAAAGAUAGCAGGACACGGAGCAACAAAAGCGACCCCAGCACCCAACGCGCCACAGGCAAUAAUUAUCGAGCCAUCUAGGGAGCUAGCAGAACAGACAUUAAAUCAGAUACAAAAGUUUAAAAAACACCUUAGUGACCCCGAGGUGAAGGAGUUACUCAUCAUUGGGGGUGUCAACGUCAAAGAACAAACUGACAUUCUGGCAAAAGGGGUUGAUAUUGUUGUGGCUACACCUGGACGUCUGGAAGACUUGAUAUCUACUUCCAAGCUCGCCCUCAGUCAAGUUCGCUUCUUCGUCUUGGAUGAAUGUGACGGGCUGUUGUCAGCUGGAUAUGGUGAUUUGAUCAAUCGCUUACAUCAGCAAAUUCCAAAAGUCACCAAUGAUGGAAAACGUCUUCAGAUGGUAGUCUGUUCUGCAACACUCCAUUCGUUUGAUGUAAAAAAAAUGGCG